CAAGUAGACAACAGGUCUAGGGCGUUGCUCAGAGGAUGGACAUGCUUUUCACAGAACGCUUUGGUCCAGCUUACUCUCAUGAUUAACUCAUCACAUCUUCCUUUCCUCUGCCCAGCUCUUUCAAACCUAGACCUACCUUGAUGCCAAAGCCAAAUUCCACUUUUGUGACUGAGUUCCUCUUUGAAGGUUUCUCCAGCUUCAGGUGGCAGUACAGACUUGUCUUUUUUGUUGUUUUUCUAACUUUGUACCUGCUGACUCUCUCUGGCAAUGUGAUUAUCAUGACCAUUGUUCACCUGGACCAUCAUCUCCACACUCCCCGCCCCAUGUACUUCUUCCUGAGCAUGCUAUCCAUCUCUGAGACCUGCUACACUGUGGCCAUCAUUCCCUAUAUGCUUUCUGGUCUCUUGAAUCCUCACCAGCCCGUUGCCACCCACAGCUGUGCCACUCAGCUCUUCUUCUAUCUCACCUUUGGCAUCAACAACUGCUUCCCGCUCACAGUCAUGGGAUAUGACCGCUAUGUGGCCAUCUGUAACCCCCUAAGGUAUUCAGUCAUCAUGAGUAAAAGGGCCUGUAUCCAACUGGCCUCUGUGUCACUGGGGAUUGGCCUUGUGGCCAUUGUCCAAGUAACAUCUGUGUUUGGCCUGCUGUUCUGUGAUGCCUUUGUCAUCUCCCACUUCUUCUGUGAUGUGAGACCCCUGCUGAAGUUGGCCUUCACAGACACCACUGUCAAUGAGAUCAUCAACUUUGUUGUCAGUGUCUGUGUCCUUGUCCUACCUAUGGAUCUGGUCUUUGUCUCCUAUGUCCUCAUCAUCUCCACCAUUCUUACGAUUGCCUCAGCUGAAGGUCGGAAGAAGGCCUUUGCCACCUGCACCUCCCACCUCACAGUGGUCAUCAUCCACUAAGGCUGUGCCUCCAUCAUCUACCUGAAGCCUAAGUCCCAGAGUUCCCUGGGACAGGACAGACUCAUCGCAGUGAUCUACACUGUCAUCACUCCCCUACUGAACACUGUUGUGUACAGCCUGAGGAACAAGGAGAUGCUCUAUGCUCUGUGCAGAGCCAUGGGGCAAAAGCCCCUGUCUCCUUUACGAAGAGAGGUUGUGAAGCCUUUUUCUUUGAGUUUAUAAAUGUGUAUUAAUUUUUAAUGCUCUUUCAAUAAUGCCCUUCUGUAUGGGAUCAAGAAGACUAGACUAAAUUGAACUGAGUACUAAAACUGGAGGUUUCUGUUUGAGCUUGUUGUGAUCGUCUAUGCUCUGCUCCAGAACAUUUACAAAAUAGCUUAGCAUAUGGU